AUGCUGGCUGGAAUUAUCCGCAUAUUGGAACCACAUUUCUUGAACUCGAAGAAUAGCCGCGCCAAACCUAUUCUCAAAGAGGGUCCCUUUAAGGGUCUGAAACUACCCAGCAUGACCGCCGAGGCCAACGCCGCAUAUAUCUUUCAGGAAAUUAUUGGCGCUUUCCUUAUCACUCAUCCCCACCUGGAUCAUGUUUCAGGCCUGGCAAUCAACACGCCGAUCAUUGAGGCGGGAAGUGGGCCAAAGCCGGUUGCGGCUCUGCCGUCUGUGUUGGCUGCUAUCAAGAACCACGUGUUCAAUGAUGUUAUAUGGCCCAAUUUGUCAGAUGAAGAUGGUGGUGCUGGUCUGCUGACAUACCAGCGCUUGGUUGAGGGUGGAAAUCCUCGAUUUGGUAAUGGAGAAAGCAGAGGCUACGUCCGCGCCUGUCAAGGCAUUGUGACUAAAUGUCUGAGUGUCAGUCACGGCCGGUGCAAGCAGCGCUAUCACCCGGAAAGUGGAAACCAUCAACGUGCUACAAGUUCUGUCUUCCUCUCUGGGGAUUCAAGGCACCUGCGUCCAAGAGCGAUAUCUGUGGACCAGUCUACUGAGGGAGGAUUCUAUUCUCCAGCUCGUUCACCUGGCCUCAUGCCCGGCGAGCCUAUGCUAUCGUCCGUUGAAAGUUCUGCUUUCUUCCUCCGUGAUCAUGAAAGUGGAAAUGAAAUCAUCGUAUUUGGCGACGUUGAACCGGACUCAAUCUCCCUUGAGCCACGGAAUCGACGUGUCUGGGAAACCGCGGCUCCCAAAAUUGCCAAUGGAAAACUCCGCGCCAUUUUCAUUGAGUGCUCUUACACUGAUAGUGUGGAUGAUGCAUACCUUUAUGGUCAUAUGUGCCCGCGCCACCUUGUUGCAGAGCUUACAGUGUUGGCUGAUCUAGUCUUGAGUGAUAAUCAGUCCGGUGGAGUGGAACGCAAGCGCAAGCGCCCCGGAUUGGGUGAACAAGCUGUUUAUGAUAAUAAUGCUCGCUUCAAGCGUACCCAGAGCUCUUCGGGCAGUAAACCCCGCUCUACCUCGUCGAGAUACAGUGAACCCCUUGAUGGACUUGGCGAUCUGUACAUGUUUGAGGAGUUUGAUCCCCCGGAUCCCACUCGCUGGGCUGAUAUCGAGACUCCUCCCCUGGCUGAGUUGUCUAUUUAUAUCAUCCAUAUCAAGGAGCUACUCAAAGAUGGUAUAAAUCCCGGCACGCGCAUUAUAGAAGAGCUUAAUGCUCACAGCAACCUGAUCAGACUGGGUUGUAGGUUCUUCCUCCCGAGUCCAUCGGAGGCUAUCUCAUGUUGA